CGUUUUGUUAUUUAGUUUUUAUCUAAGGAAUUCAAUAUGCAUUGGUUCGAAUGUAUGCACCGAUUGUUAUCGAUACAAUGGGAUCUGUAAUGUGACCAGUGUUGGUUACUCGGUGCCGAUGGGAGGUAGAACCGAUAUGACAUUGGUUAGAAAACUGAGGAAGGGAGACACCGUUAUCCAGCGCAAUUUGCAAUGUGUCAAUCAUGGCUAUAUACUACGUGGUAAUGUUAGCGAACACAUUUGCUUUUGGACACUGCCCUCGAAGUGUGAGGCGGUCGUGCCCGAGGAUGUCAUCAAGAACAAACUCGUCGUGCGAGCUGUGUGUCGAUCUUGUGCCUAUUAUUGUGAUUGUGCCUUGUUGAAGGAUGCGGCUGCCUCAAUUGUCCCUGAUAUCCGAACUCUCGGAAUGCUUACAAUAUUUUCUGUAUUGGUUUUAUGAACUUGAUCGAGAUAUUAAUCGAUGUUAUCUAUAUAUAUCAGCAAGUUCUGCAAUGCAUACUUUUAAUACAAGAAUAGAAAUUAAAUUUUGGAUCACUUUGAAAUUCAAAAACAACAAU